AUUCGAUCUGUUUUAAAUGUUCUGCUCAGAUAUUAUGAAGAAUCUCAUAGGUUUACAGGGAGCAUAUGUGCAUGUUGGUGUAUGGAGGGGGUGAUUCCGAUACGGGAUGUUUACCGGACGCACAUCAGCGCGAGCUUCAUCACGCCACGGAGGAGAGGGCCACGCGGUCACGUGAUCACGAGGAGUCCCGGACAGGAGACAUGUCCGUGCAUCUGUUCAGCGGCGCUUCAGCUCGAACCCUUGAAUCAUUGGCCGAGACACAUUGCGUCUGUUCUUCAGUCGAGCUCCUGCAGCGCCCCGCGUCAGCACACAACGCUCGCGUCGCGUCGCGUCUCGCCGCAGGUCGCGGGAAGAAUUUUGAUGGACCGCAUGAAGAUAAUUAAAAAGCGCCUGUCCAUGAGCUUGCAAAGUGUACGGCGUGUGGACGAGAGUCUCUCAGAGCUUCCUGAACAUGCCGGACUGGAUGAGCCUCCCUUGUCACAAGACAGUGGUGUAGUCCAUCAUAAAAUGUGGUCAGAUGGAGAAAGUGAUCAAGCUUCAGGAACCUCUUCUGAUGAAGUUCAGAGUCCUGUUAGAGUGCGUAUGCGCAACCUUCAGCAGCGCAUCUCUAAUGAGGAUAUCAAUAAACGUCUCUCGCUGCCAGCAGAUAUUCGUUUGCCAGAGGGUUACCUGAAGAAGUUUGCCAAAAACAGCCCCCCAUUUGACAAACCUCUAAGUCGAAGAUUUCGCAGAACGUCACUUUCAGAAAUCGGAUUUGGCAAAUUAGAGACGUAUAUCAAACUGGAAAAAGUGGGAGAGGGCACAUAUGCCACAGUGUUCAAGGGUCGUAGUAAACUAACGGAUAAUCUAGUGGCUCUGAAAGAAAUCAGGCUGGAGUAUGAAGAAGGCGCUCCUUGCACCGCCAUACGAGAAGUGUCUCUUCUGAAGAACCUGAAACAUGCCAACAUUGUCACCCUCCACGACAUCAUUCACACAGAGAAGUGCCUUACUCUAGUCUUCGAGUACUUGGAGAGGGACCUCAAACAGUAUUUGGAUGACUGUGGGAGCAUAAUGAGCGUUUAUAAUGUAAAGAUUUUCCUGUUUCAACUAUUGCGAGGUCUAGCUUAUUGCCAUCGGCAGAAAGUUUUGCACAGAGAUCUCAAACCUCAGAACCUUCUCAUCAGUGACAGGGGGGAGCUCAAACUCGCUGACUUCGGCCUUGCGCGUGCGAAGUCAGUUCCCACAAAGACCUUCUCUAAUGAAGUAGUGACUCUCUGGUACAGACCUCCUGAUGUGCUGCUGGGAUCUACAGAUUACUCCACCUCUCUUGACAUCUGGGGUGUAGGUUGUAUAUUCUAUGAAAUGAUCACAGGACGUCCCCUUUUCCCUGGGUCAACAGUGGAGGAUGAACUUCAUCUUAUAUUUCGUAUAUUGGGUACUCCUACUGAGGAGUCUUGGCCAGGAAUCAACACCAAUGAAAGCUUCCUUUCACACAACUUUCCUCAUUAUGAUGGGGCACCUCUGAUCACACAUGCACCCAGGAUCACCAAUGACGGUCAUGAUCUACUAUGCCAGUUAUUACAGUUUGAAGCACGGCGGCGUAUGUGUGCAGAAGUGGCUCUCCGGCACAUUUAUUUUAGAGACCUGGGAGAAAAAGUGCAGGACUUGGCUGACACUACCUCCAUAUUUUCUGUCAAGGAGAUCCGACUUCAGAUGGACCCAGGGAAACACUUUCCAGCUCAAAGAGAGUUGGCAGUGGUCCAUCGAAUGGGAUCUGCCCCACCUGAACAUUUCCUCCCUGAAGGAGUCAACCGUCUUCUACAUCCUGCCCCCCUCUCUUCAUAAAUGUGCUCAUCUGGUUAAGACUUUCCUUGCUUUCAUUCGUUAUGCAACAUAUUUUGUUCCCUGUUUACAAGGUUUUCUGCAAGUAUCUUUUAUUGUAUAAUUUGAUUUAUUUAUUUUCUUUUUCCUCUGUAUGUAAAUGUUUGAAAUACAAUGAAGUAGGGAAAAUAUGCAUAUGAUAGGCACCAAAGAUUUAUUAGUUAUGGUUUCUUAGGCAGCCCAAGGGUAAGAAGUUGCCAGUAUGUCUCUUAAUGUGAUCAGAUUUAGUACUUGCCACUCAAUGUGUUCAGUGUUUUUGCCUGGUCACCCACUUCACAAUGAGGCCAAGCCAGAAUCAAUGUACUUUCAGUAUCAGCCAUGUUGGAAUGUUCUCCAUCUUGGAUUUAACUAAAUAUUGAGCCAAAUUUGAGCAGCUUUUUCUUCUCCAAAACAAAAAAUGUGUCCAGAGUUGACCCCCCACACAACAUCUUACCACUGUGUUUGAAAUGUAUUACAACAAUAAAAUGGCCUUGCCUGUACAAAACCAAACAGAUUUUCAUAUUUUAGCAAUUCUGCAAUCACUGUAUUUGAUGGUGAAGAUGUGAAACAGAUAAAGAAGAUGUACAAGCUGGUA